AUGCACGCUUUACGUGAUCAAGCUACACGCAAUGCCGAGGUCUACUAUAGACUGCGGCUCGAGGACAGGAAAGACGAGGCGCGCGCGCUUGCGGCGUGGCAGACACAGAAGAACAGUCUGUCAUCCGACCACGCACGGCGCUGCGUCCGCGGUCUGCUGAAGAAUACCCUUUUGAAGGAGGCCCUCGACCCUCUCCUCGAUAUACCCGGUAUGCGGUCGGGGCUACUCAUCAGUACCAGCGAUGGAACGCUUAAUGCAGCUGCGGGGGCGACUAGGUGA